UGCAGGAGACUGUGGUUAAAAUAGAUAGGGAAGACUAUAGAGAAUCAAUGUGGGACAUUCCCCAGUACAGCAAUCUCACUUUCAAUAAAAUCUGAUUUUGACAAAACCAGAUCGGUCACCGCCAUUCGCCGUUUCGCCGAGCUGCAAAAACGUUUUCCAGAAUCCGUUCAAUUGGACUCUGAGCGGAAACAAAGAUGAAACAAAGGACCUGGCCGUGCCGAUCGGACGGCUCACGGUUCUCCGUCCUCCCUCCGCCGAGCAUCAACGGCGGAAAGGAGGCCGAGCGCUCGAGGAAACACCGGAGCAGCAAACUCCCAUCAUCGAGAUCGCCGCUGCCUUCAAGAGACGGCCACGAUUUCUCGGAUCUCCCUUACGACGUUCUGACGAAGAUCGCAGCGUCGUUCGGCGCGGCGAACCUGCGGGCGGCGUCGCUGGUGUGCCGGUCGUGGUGCGAGGCGCUGCGGCCGCUGAGGGAGGCGAUGGUGCUGCUGCGGUGGGGGAAGCGGUUCAAGCACGGCCGAGCCGGCGUUAGGGUUAACUUGGAGAAGGCCCUCGACUCAUUCCUGAAGGGAGCGAGUCGUGGCUCGACUCUUGCGAUGGUCGACGCCGGUCUUCUCUAUUGGGAGACUGGAAAGAAGGAGAAAGCUGUCGCUUUGUAUCGGAAAGCCGCGUCUCUUGGCGAUCCUUCUGGACAGUUCAAUUUGGGGGUUUCUUAUUUGCAAGCUGAACCUUCGAAUCCGAAAGAAGCUGUUAGAUGGCUGUACCAAUCCGCCAUGGCAGGCCAUGCUCGUGCUCAGUACCAGCUUGCUCUGUGUCUGCACCACGGCCGCGGGGUGGAUAACGAUAUUCAAGCAGCUGCUAGAUGGUACAUGAAAGCGGCGGAAGGUGGGUAUGUUCGUGCCAUGUAUAAUGUGGCUCUGUGCUACUCCUUUGGGGAAGGUUUGGUUCGGAGUCAUCGACAAGGAAGAAAAUGGAUGAAGCGGGCAGCGGAUUGCGGUCAUACUAAAGCUCAAGUUGAGCAUGGGCUUGCUCUCUUUUCUGAAGGAGAAAUGCUUAAAGCUGUAGUAUACCUGGAACUUGCGAGCCGUGGUGGGGAAACGGGAGGAGCCCAUGUCAAGAAUGUGAUUCUCCAACAAUUAUCAGCAACAUCACGUGAUCGUGUCGUGCAUCUUGCAGACAACUGGCAUGCUUUUCCUUCAUCUUUCCGAGCUGUAUCAUAGUAUCAGAGCAUAAUCGGUAUUACCACAAUCUGUGUUCUCAGGCUGCUUUCAAACCUCCCCUGUUGUCGUCUUGUUGUUCCUCUGGAUGCUUUUUUAAACGAAAAGGGACAAAGAUAGCUGUUGGUUGGACAGUCUUCAUGUUUUAAAGACUUCUAGCCGCGAGUGAAACGGGUUUUAUCUUCGUUUGUUUUACAGCUCAAGGCUAUCUUGCUCUCUGUAAAAGUGUUCAGCUGUAAAUAUUCGGCUUCUGCCGUUCAGCAAGGUUAUCAUAAAUGCUGAUGAUUAGGUUAUAAUUUUGGUUUUUAGCUGACGGGGGUCCUACUCCAUUGGAGCUUUGCCAAUAUUUUUAACACUUGUAGCAGAUGUGGCUGCAGAAGCUGUCAUGUUGUAUCAUCUUUUACUGAGGUGUAUUGUAUCUCAAGAAGUGCUGGGAAAUACUUUAUACUCUAUGAAAGAAAAAAAUAUAUUGUUUUGGUUG